CCACCCCUGCUGGGCAGGCAGAAAGAUAAAUCUACCCCUGCAUACCGACACACUAACAUACUCCGCUUACCCUACAAUCUGCCCCAGGACGAGCUAACCUCUCUGGAGCGGGGCAACAAAAGAUACUGGGCUUUCUCUGUCAGCGUAGCGUCAUUUUUAACAACUCACAGCAGCACCGUUAGCAGGCUAAGCUAGCAGGAAGAGGUAGCUAUAACGACAGUUGGCUAAAACUCCUGCUCCGCUGAAGACCCCCACCGCCGGCUGCUGAACCUGACAGACCCAGUUAUGUGAGCUGCUCUGAUGUGUAGAUGUGAAAAUUUAUAUAGUGCCUGGUUAAGACAGCUUAUUAAUUGGUCUGGAGGACCAUACUAUUGGUCUGACCUGCAGCUGAUUAGGCUGAACAGGUGUAUGUUGGCCUGGAUCGUACCGUAACUCCCCAGAGCAGCCUCCCUCCCUCCACUCCCUCUGCUCUUACUGUAGGACAACUAUGCCUCUGGGUCUGGGAAGAAGGAAGAAGGCAUCCCCGUUAGUGGAGAACGAGGAAGCGGAGCCCAUCCGUGCAGGUCUCAAUGUGCCAGGCAUGGAUGGUCUGGAUGGUGGUGUGGUUGGGCUGGGAGAGGGUGCCACCUCUGAAGGUCUGCCUCCUCCACCCAGCAGCAUGAGACCUCGCCUCAUCUUCCACACCCAGCUGGCUCAUGGCAGUCCCACAGGCCGUAUCGAGGGUUUCAGCAACGUGCGAGAGCUCUAUGCCAAGAUUGGUGAGGCCUUUGGGAUACCGCCGUCAGAGGUUAUGUUUUGCACACUGAACACUCACAAGGUGGACAUGGAUAAACUGUUGGGAGGUCAGAUUGGGCUAGAGGACUUUAUUUUUGCCCACAUUAAAGGCCAGAAAAAGGAAAUAGAGGUGUACAAAGGGGAGGAUGCACUAGGGUUGACGAUCACUGAUAAUGGAGCUGGCUACGCUUUCAUCAAGAGAAUCCGUGAGGGGAGCGUCAUCCACCAGAUCCAGGUCAUCAACGUGGGCGAUAUGAUCGAGUCGAUCAAUGGCCAUCGCCUGAUUGGCUGUCGACACUACGAGGUGGCCAAGAUGCUGAAGGAGCUGCCCAAAGGGAAGGAUUUCACCAUCAAGCUGGUCGAGCCUCUCAAGGCCUUUGAUAUGAUCAGCCAGCGGUCUGGAGGGUCCAGGUCGGCAUCAGGGGUUCAGCUGGGGACCGGCAGGGGAACCCUUCGGCUGCGCUCUAAAGGUCCUGCUACUGUGGAGGAACUGCCUUCUGCAUUUGAGGAAAAGGCCAUUGAGAAGGUGGAUGACCUGCUAGAGAGCUACAUGGGCAUCAGAGACAGCGAGCUGGCGGCUACCAUGGUGGAGCUGGGAAAGGACAAAAAGAACCCUGAUGAGUUUGCAGAGGCUUUAGAUGAAACCCUGGGAGAUUUUGCCUUCCCAGACGAAUUUGUUUUCGAUGUUUGGGGUGCCAUAGGCGACGCUAAGGUCGGGCGGGUGUAACCACAGAAACUAAUGGAGCAGAACGACUUCUGUGUGCGUGACGCUCACAACAUUCAGCACUACUAGGAAACACAACACUACCGUCAUGAGUUUGUUUUUAUUCCAGUGUAUACUUCUACUAUUUUUAAUUUAGAGUGUACCCUUCUGGGAGACUCUGCUUAGACAAAGAGGAUCAUGCCAGUUAAUGGGAGAAGAAGGUGACUGUGAUGACUUCACAAGUGCUUUUAUUUGUCUUCCGGCUUUAUCCAGAAACUACAAGCACGCAGAUGAGCAUUCCCUUUGACCGCAUCACAUGAACCUGCAUGUCAUUGUUGUAGUUGCUGGCAGUGGAACAAGUACAGCACAAGUCUCUAAUAUGGGAGAAAUGAAAGACUACGGCUAACAAAAAAGUAGAUAUUUGAUACUAGCAAAGAAAAUGUGAUUUUUUUUCCCCACAUUGCACUGUGUUGCACUGCGCUGUAAACCAACAAUAGAAGUGAACGGAGAUUGCACUGUACCUCACCUGGUGAGCGGCACAGUUAUUGCACAGUACAAGGCAUCGGGCUCCCUGAAAUACAGUACAGUGCUGUCCUGAACCACUCGAUGUUACUGUUAUGGAUCAGUUCUACAAGCAUGUGCUGUUAUAUUUUUAUCUUCAUCACAAAUUCUGCUGGGUUUAAGUUUUUUUUUGUUUCUUUGUUUCUUUGAUAAAAGAAAAAAAAAUGUGGUUGCAGAAGGGUCAUAGUGUAAAACUGUAGCUCCUGACUAAAACUUCAGUGUUAAGACACUCCAUGCUGUAAUGAAGGCAGCUGUGCAGACAGCAGCACAUUCCUGUCUUACUUUCAUACAUUUGACAGUGUUAAAAAGAAUCAGUGUUAAUUUAGCCUUUUAUUGAAGGUCAUUAUGUGGGAAUGAGAAACAGAUUGGUUUCCGGGGCUUGUGGAUUGUGUUGACUUGUUAUUAUUAUUUUUUUUAUAGCUAGUGUUUUUAUAUAAAGUGAUGUGAUGUCUAUUUUAAAACAAGGUUUGUGGAACAGAUGAAUUUGAUCUUGUGUUGGAACUACUUUAUUGUUUUUGAAGCAUUACAGAGAACAGUAUUAAAGAAGAGAGUCGUAAGAUGGACUAGUUGUCUGUAAAGAAAAAAAAAUGGAUGUUAAGAACAAAAUGCCUUCAUUUCCUCUCAUUUCAUGCAUUUUAUACAUUUUGUUAUAAGUAUGCAUUCUGGUGCAUGGUGCUGAAAAAACAAGUAUAUUGUCAUUGGAGCAGAAUGAUACCAAACUAAUUACAUGGCGUGCCGCAGUGACUUGUGUUCAUAGAGAGAAAAAAAAAAAGGCAAUGUU